AUGAUUGUUGGCCAUUUGUGUGGACUGUCAGUGACCUUUCGAAACGAUGAUUUCGCUGGGAACAGCUGGUGUUCGGAGAAUGUGGAUGGCCUUGGUCUCUCUUCUUCUAGCAGAUAUUCUUUUGAUCAUUGGGAGAUGGGUUGCUUUAAACUGUUUCCAGUAAUUGAUUCUGCGUUCCACUUCCCAAUUUACAGAUUCAAAGUCUUCCUGUUUCUACCUUUAUCUGCAAUUUAAUUAUUUUAGAGAAUGAACCGUUCCGUGAUCGCCCUCGGUCUUAUGGCCGUUCUGGCCUAUGCCCAUAUCGAUGAUCAGGAGGUUCUUCUGAAGGAAAACAGAAUCCCCAAGAUCCCCCAUCCAGAAUUCGGAUCAGUCUGUGAUGAAUGUCAGGUGAUUAUCAAGAAGAUCGUGGAGGCUGCCAAGGAUCCCACCAAACUGGCCGAACUUAAACUGAUCCUCUCUGCUCUUUGCCAUGAAACUUCUUACGAAGAGGAAUGCCACGUAUUCGUCAGCAAACUCGAUCUUUUUUUGGACAAACUUCUUCCUUAUUUGGUACGUAUUUCUCAAAAAUUAGUGUAAAAAUAAGUGCGAAAAUGAUCGCAACCUUUACCAUUAGGAAACUAAAGCUAAGCUGUGUGAAACUUAGGGGUCUACCAGUUUUCGUACUGGCCCAAUGUGCACAGCCAAAAGUGUUUUACCAACUAACCGUAGCCAUAUCAGAAAUGAGUUGUCAUUACCGCCAAACCUUUUUUAGCGAGUCGGAAGGGUUGGAGUGGGUGUCAAAGAGUAACAACAAAUUUUUUAGACGGUUAGCCAAAAAAAAAGUCCGGUUGAAUAGUUAAACUAUAUUAAUUCACAGAUAAUAGUAACGGUAGGCAUCUUCGACAAUCAUAAAAAAAUUGGUUUUGAUUUGGGCCAAUUCCCGGAACUGCCCCAAAUGAAAAACCCUACAUGAAAUCUAUUGCAAAUGUUAACAUGAUUUUUGUGUUUUCAGAAGGAUUCUGAAAAAUUCUGCACUGAAAUGCAUCUGUGCAAGAACUCCAAGAUCGACAUGUUCCACAGAAUUGGAUUACUGUAUGCCAAGAAAUACGUAGGAAAGUUGGAUAACUCUGUACGUUCAAGUGCUGUUCUCAAAAUAGAACCAAAAUAUAAACAGGGCGAAUCAUUCCGAUAUUACAGAACAACUUGGUCUGCGAAGAAUGUCAAUUUGCUGCUGGAGAACUCCAAAAAGUUGUAGAUGACAGGGAAACCCAAGCCAAGGUCCGCCAAUUCCUCAGCGACAAUGUCUGCAAACAUUUGGGACAGUAUCAAGGCUCUUGUGACAUCCUGGUCGAUGACUUCUUGCCCGAACUCUUCCAGGAACUCCACACCCUUCUCAACGACCCCAAAGAGGUAUGAUUUAAAUGUCUGGAUUAUGUACAUAUUCUGUUUAGUUCUGUGAGCAUCUCCAACUCUGCAGAGCCGAGCAGUUGUUGAACAAAGAAAAGGUUAGCCGUCGUCUCAUCAAGCAUGUCAUGUCCAACUAAGUAGCCCCUCUCUUUUCAGCGAUGCAGAAUUAAUAUUUUGAUAAAGCUUUAAAAAAUAAUAAUUUAGGCCGAGAUUCCCGUAGAAGGCGCGUUUAAGGCGUUGAUGGAGAGAGUAAACUCCGUCUCCGAUGAGAAUCAAUUCUCGGGUUUGGGUUGUAUUCAGUGUAAGAUCUUCGGCGGGAUCUUGUUGAAGCAUCUGCGAGAGGAUAAAAAUACGGUAGGCGGAGAGCAAGAGAUCCCCUCCGUUUGCAUUCCAUGUUUGAAUUAUUUCCUUAGCUUAUGUCAUCAAAUCAAAAUUGCAUCUAGAGACCAUUAUGACGGUCGUGUUGUCCAAAAAAGUCGGUUUAAAGUCAGUUGUCAUCCCGCUCGUGCCGUUCCGAUGCCGCUUCUCAGAUCCCCAUCCUAAUGGAUCGAAAAAUGAUUUUUUUGAAGAAAGCCUUAGGCGAUGAUCUCCGUAAAUUGGUGUGCCCAAUCCUCCCCAAGCAUUGGUUCGAGGGAUGCGAGGACUUCCUCAACUUCUACGCUCAGCCUACAGUAUUCCUGGCGUUGUCUCAAGUCACCGAACAAAAGUUGUGUAAGGCGAUCCAUGCCUGCGAUGACAGCACUUGUAAGUCAAAAAAUACAUCAGCGAACAUAUCUUUAAUUACGAAUCAAAUUGGUUAUACUCAAUUACUUAUUAGUCUAAUUAUGAAUAGUGAUCGGAGAGGACACUCUGGCCAAGGCUGCCGGCCUUGAUUGUGCCCUCUGUCACUCCUUUUCCAAACUCUUGGGACAUGAAUUGGAGCAACCAGAAGUCCGAAUUCAACUGGUUCAAGAGGCCAAAUCCUAUGUCUGUGGAAAUAUUUUUGUGUUCAAGGAGCCCUGCAAGAAGAUGAUGACCAAUUUCAUGUCCAGUGUCCUCCUGAAGGUGCUCCGUUACAUCGAAAGCAAUCAGUUCUGUCCCGUAAGUAGCUCUAAUCAACUGAUAACAGCCAAUUAUUUAUAGUUAAUCCAUCGCUGCUAG